UACCCAUUGCCAUCCCUAUUGCUCAUGCCCCUCCCCCAUCCCCAAUUCCCAUAUUCCUCAUCUCCCCCACCACUCUCUCUAUAUAACCAAAAGUCACUCCCUACCUUUCCCUCUCCCUUCUCCCCAACUCUCUCUCUCUCUCUCUAGAAUUCAUCAAUCACCAAACACUCCCUGAGCCAAAUAGAAAAAAGAAAGAACUCAGUACAGAUCCCACAGUCCCCAAAAGAAAGUAGUUAACUAACUAACUCCUUCCCUUCUCCUCCUCUUCUUCUUCCUCUUCUUCAAGAAGAAAACUUCUCCCAUCUCAAUGCCAUCUUUCUCCAUCUCCUUCCUCUGAAAUCCCUCCAAAGCUCCACUCUUUCUUCCCUCCCCUCGAAAACCCACCUCUCAAUUUCCACCCAAAAAGAGGAAUUCUUCUUCUUCUUCUUCUUUCAUUUCAAUGCCGUCUCCCCUCUUCUUCCUCUGAAAAACCUUCAAAGGUCCAAACUUUCAUCCCUCCCCAACAAAACCCACAUCCCAAAACACCGACGCCGCCAUGAUCACAUGGAAGGACCUCUACAGCGUGAUGACGGCGGUGGUCCCUCUCUACGUCGCCAUGAUCCUCGCCUACGGCUCCGUCCGGUGGUGGAAGAUCUUCACGCCGGACCAAUGCUCCGGGAUCAACCGCUUCGUCGCCAUCUUCGCCGUCCCUCUGCUCUCCUUCCACUUCAUCUCCACCAACGACCCUUACGCCAUGAACCUCCGAUUCAUCGCCGCCGACACCCUGCAAAAAAUCAUCAUGCUCUUCGCCCUCGGAAUCUGGACCAACGUCACCAAAUCCGGCAGCCUCGAGUGGAUGAUUACCAUUUUCUCCCUCUCCACUCUGCCCAACACCUUGGUGAUGGGAAUCCCUCUGUUAAUUGCCAUGUACGGACCUUACUCGGGGAGCUUGAUGGUCCAAGUCGUCGUCUUGCAGUGUAUAAUCUGGUACACUCUGCUUUUGUUCCUGUUCGAGUACAGGGGAGCCAAGAUUUUGAUCAUGGAGCAGUUCCCCGAAACGGCGGCUUCGAUCGUGUCGUUUAAAGUCGACUCCGACGUCGUUUCGCUCGACGGGCGGGAGUUUCUCGAGACGGACGCCGAGAUUGGGGACGACGGGAAGCUUCACGUUAAAGUGAGGAAGUCGAAUGUCUCGAGGCGGUCGGUUUCCGGGUUGGGACUCGGAGUCGGGUCGUUUUCCGGGUUGACUCCUCGCCCGUCGAAUUUGACCGGCGCCGAGAUUUACAGCAUGAGCUCGUCGCGGAAUCCGACUCCCCGGGGUUCGAAUUUCAAUCCGGCGGAUUUCUACUCGAUGAUGGGGGUUCAGGGAUUCGGGUCGGGUCAGGGCCCGAGGGUUUCGAAUUUCGGGGCGGCGGAUUUGUACUCUGUUCAGUCCUCCCGCGGCCCGACUCCCCGGCCGUCCAAUUUCGAGGAGAAUUGCGCUAACACGGCCGCCACCGGAGUUUCUCCGAGGUUUGGGUACUACCCUGCUCCGAACCCAGAAUUCUCUUCCGUCGCGGCCGCCGCAGCUCCGGCGAAGGUCGCCAAGAGCAAUCCUCCAAUGGGAGCAGGGGCGACAUUGCAGCCGAGUAGUAACAAUGGUGGCAGCGGAAAAUCGAAUCACGACGCCAAGGAGCUUCAUAUGUUCGUCUGGAGCUCGAGCAAUUCUCCGGUGUCGGAAGCCGCCGCCGGCGGCGGCGGACUCCACGUUCUCGGGGGAUCGACUGAGUCCGAACAGGGUGCCAAAGAAAUCAGGAUGCUCGUUUCCGAUCAUCCGCAGAACGGAGAAACAACUAAAGGGGAGUUCCCCGGCGGCGAGGAUUUCAGCUUCGCCUUCAAGGAAGGGGAAGACGAGAAGGAUAAAGAAUUGGGAGAACAGCUGAUGGGGCUGAACAAGAUGGGAUCGGCGGAGAUGAACCCGAAAGCGGCGGCGGCAGCAGCCGCCGGAGGAGGAGACGCCGGCAUGGGGAGGAACAGGCAAAUGCCGCCGGCGAGCGUGAUGACGCGGCUGAUUCUGAUCAUGUAUAUCGCUGCCUUGCCACAAGGGAUUGUACCAUUCGUCUUUGCCAAGGAAUACAACGUUCACCCUGCAAUUCUCAGCACCGCGUAA